UUCUCCCACGCAAAAAGGGAGGUUCAGUGAAAUCUCUCGACGCGGGAACGUUGCAAUCCGUCUAUUUGUCCAGGUGGGCCCCACAUCUGGAAUUCCUGGUUACUGUAUCACCUCCCGUGUUUGUCCUUCUCAGUUUGCUCUGUCUUUUUGCCUUCGCACCAAACUUUCCUCUCAGAAAAAAAUGGCGGAGGAUCUGAUGCAUGCGGUUCAGUACACUAGUUAUGGCGGAGGAGCUUCUGGUUUGAAGCAUGUUGAAGUUCCGAUUCCCACUCCUAAACAAGACGAAGUUCUGCUAAAACUGGAGGCCUCUAGUCUCAAUCCAGUUGACUGGAAACUGCAGAAAGGGGUACUGCGGCCCUUUUUACCUCGCAAAUUCCCCUAUAUACCUGGUACUGAUGUAGCUGGAGAAGUGAUAAAGGUUGGACCAGGAGUCAAGAAUUACAAUGCUGGGGAUAAAGUUGUGGCUAUUUUUAGCCAUGCUACUGGAGGUGGACUAGCUGAAUUUGCUGUGGCUAAGGAGAGUUUGACAGUUGCAAGGCCUCCAGAAGUAUCAGCUGCUGAAGGUGCAGGUUUGCCUAUUGCUGGCCUUACAGCUCACCAGGCACUCACCCAGUCCGCUGGGAUCAAGCUUGACAGAAGCUGCCAGCAAGUAAAUCUCCUAAUUACUGCUGCUUCAGGUGGCGUAGGUCAGUAUGCAGUUCAACUGGCAAAGCUUGGAAACACACAUGUGACAGCCACUUGUGGGGCUCGUAACAUGGAUCUUGUCAAGAGCCUGGGGGCAGAUGAAGUUCUUGACUACAAGACUCCUGAUGGGGCAGCUCUGAAGAGCCCUUCUGGUCGCAAAUAUGAUGCAGUGAUCCACUGUGCAAUGGGCAUUCCUUGGUCUACCUUUGAGCCUAAUUUGAGUGCAAAUGGGAAGGUAAUAGAUAUUACUCCUGGCCCUAGUGCUUUAAUGACUUUUGCUUUGAAAAAGCUUACCUUCUCCAAGAAGCAGCUGGUACCUAUGAUAAUGACACCUAAGAAAGAGAACCUUGAUUAUCUUGUGAAGUUGGUGAAGGAGGGAAAGCUUAAGACAGUAAUUGAUUCAAAGCAUCCCCUGAGUAAGGCUGAAGAUGCUUGGGCUAAGAGCAUUGCUGGCCAUGCUACUGGGAAGAUAAUUGUGGAGCCUUAGUUUAUGAAGAAUACCUACUGUAGUUUUUAUAUAGUUCAGUGAUUGAGGUUGCUUAUGAGCCAUUUGAAUAUUCAUAAGUUGUCAGUAUUGAAAUUGAACAAUGCAAAUGAUAAUGUGGGGUUUUAUGUGGUGCUUUUGCUGGUACUUAGAACAACGAUGUUUGGUGUAUUUUGUUAUGAAUUACGUAUGAUGAUACUUGGGAUAAUCAGGAUUUGGUACUGUGGAUAGUUAGGAUAUGUGAAUUUUGUUUAUGAAAUGGUUUUUAGGCUUUUAGCAGAUGCUUAAGGUUGGACUCUGGAUGUAAAGCAGCAGGGUUUCAAAAGUUUAUUAUUUUGUGUUGUAAGUGGAAGACCUGGUUCUAGCAAAUGAAGACUGAGGAUGCCAUUUUGGCUGCUUA